AGUUUUUCCGGUCCGUGCAGCCUGACGGUUGAGAGAGAGAGUGAGACAGAGAGUUGGGGGCUAAAAUAUCGCCUGCUCUAAACUCAAUGUGUCGUCUGCUCCCCUUGGGUUCAUUCUUACUUGUUUCGGAGUUCAUUUCAGAUUGGGAAAAGGAACACUAACAAGUUUGUCGUCUUGAUUUUUGUCUUCUUUAAAAAGCACUCUUUAUUUCCACUGGAAGGAACCGCUGUGUAAGUUUUUACUCGGAGGAAGGUUUAUCAAGAGAAAGUUGUCACAAUGGCGAGUCCUGGAGUGACACAGAUGGAGGAGCAAUUAGAGCAGGUGGAGGAUGUGGUAGAAGACGUCUUCCCGGCCCUGGUGGGUACCGUGGUGAUCUCAGCCUUGCUGCUGGUCAUGUUUGUGGUAAGGGUGUACUGCCGAUGGGCCGUGCCUUGUCCCAGCAACAAUCGACUAGACGGUAAAACAGUGGUUAUAACAGGUUCCAACACAGGAUUAGGAAAAGCGACGGCCCUGGAGUUAGCCAGGCGGGGUGCCCGGGUUAUUCUGGCCUGUCGAGACGACAAAAAAGGCGACGCUGUGGCGCGAAACAUAAAGAAAAAAACGAAAAGCUCCACUGUAUAUUCGAUGAGACUGGAUCUGGCCUCGCUGAAUUCCAUCCGACAGUUUGUGGAGUAUUUCAACGAGAAAGAAUCUCACUUGCAUAUACUCAUUAACAACGCCGCUUAUAUGGGUCCUAAACAGACGACAGAAGACGGGAUCGAGCGCAACUUCGGGGUCAACUAUCUGGGUCACUUCUACCUCACGUAUCUGUUGAUGGACAAAUUGAAGCGGUGCGCCCCAUGCCGGGUGAUCAACGUCGUCUCUGACUCGAGUUUGACCACCAAGUUGGACCUAGAUGAUCUCCCUUUAUCCAAGCGUUAUGACAUAUACAACGCCUACAGCCGAUCCAAGGUCGCUCAACUCAUUCACACAGUGGAAAUGCACAGACGCUUCUUCCGGGAUGUUGUCUUGUCGUUUGCUGUCAACCCAGGUGCCGCCAACACCGACUUGCUGAGGAACUGGCCCGGGUUUUAUGGAAACGUGCUGCGAAUGAUAUCACGCUUCUUCUUCAAGAUUCCAGAUGACGCUUGCCAGACGAUCGUUUACUGCGCAGUCGCGGACAAGAUUAAGCACGAUUCCGGUAGAAUGUUCCAGAACUGCACCAGGGUGAAUUACAAGGACUACAUCCGGGAUAAAGAUCGUGCCGAAAAGCUCUGGAACAUCAGUUUGCACCUGUGUGGUUUGGAUAAGGAGAUCCCAGCGUCCCAAGAAUGAUCGCACGAUCACAUAGAUGACAAGACAAGAAUAGAGGAUCUGGAUAUAUAGCCUAUGGGCUGUAGUAAAACCUGUUUUAUAUGGACACUGGAUAGAUUGACGACGCUUGCAGAGGUUCUUUGAAGAACAGUUUUCGGUGAAGAAUUAGUUAACGUUUUCUCUGAUGUCAUAUUUUUAUGGAAGAUGUUCGUCUUUAGGAAAGCGUCUGCUAAAGCCUUGAUAUAAAGACCGAGAAACGUCAGGUCUUAAAGACGUAAUUACGCUAUGUUAUACUGAAUAUUUGCCCAUUUGCAAAGAUGUCCGUUUUGACAGGUUUUUCUGCGCCCAGAAACCAUGUGAAACCGGACAAGAAGGUGUGUGGAAUGUUUACAUCUACGCCAUGAUAGCUAUCAGAGUAGCUUUGGCGUGGUACCUGUCUUAGCUAGAGAGAUGUCUGUCAACUUCCGCUCUGAAAACCUGACGCCUUGUAUGCGGACUGCCUAAGUCUUUUCAAAUAUUCAAAGAAUCCCCAACGAAUGGUUAUAACAGAACUUCAUUCUGAUUUGUGCAAAAGAGAUAGCAUGAGUGCAUUAUUGUGACUCGGUUGAUCCAACAUAGCAGCUUUUCUUAAUCGUGGUGUUUGUGUUAACUUCCGGAACUGACAGAUCAGGUCACGUGAGCGGUUGGUCAGAUGAAUUAGUCUAUAAGACUGAUCCUUGAUACAAAGGGGACUCAGUGAAAAAACAGUGAAAAGAAAAACGUCAAGCUGAAUCGUAAUAAUCCCUCUAGUAUAUCGCUUUUCUGUUUGAUUUCCCCUUUAAUUUGCAACACGAGACGGCCGAAUUGCCUCAAGUGUUUCUGUAUAUGGAAAAUCGUUCCUCUAGGUAUUCUAGUAUACGGAAUUCCAGUAGACCUUCUUGGUGUUUUUGUAUGCGGAAUCCCAGUAGACCUUCUUGGUGUUUUGGUAUGCGGAAUUCCAGUAGACCUUGAACUUGACCAAACGGUUUUAUCUUGUCGAUUCCAACGAAGAGGGACACUCGAUUACUGUGUUUAGCCUUAUAUUCAGUAGAAAUGGAGUUGGAUUUUCUUGCCGAGGAAUCGCUUAUGAGGUUAAUUCAGAAUCGUAUAGAGGAACAUCAAACAUUUCAACGAAAACCUGCGGUGUGUAACAGGGUUGACAUGGUUCUGAUGAAGUUUCGAAUAUAACCAUACGGUGUGUGCUAUAAGAGUGCUUUAUGUUGUACAUUUAAUAUUUAAGGAACGCAGUAGAUUUACAAAAUACCAUCUUUGUGCAGAUGGAUUCAUAACCUUCGGAUAUAUGUGAUGUCAGGUGAGGUCAAAUUUCUAUGCAAUAUAGGACCCGAAAUAUCCGUAAAUAGGGUGCUAGAACAAUUGUACGCGAUAAUCCUUAAAUUUUCUCUGAAAAUGUUUAAAGAUACAGCAAAAUAAUUUGGGGAAACUAUUAUUUUAUGUCUGUUUCAACGUAACACAAAUCGUUCUAUAUUUUGUGAGGUGUGGCGUGUGUGUGUUAAUUUCGUAUGAAGGGGUUGUUCGGAGAAGUGACUUUUCUGUGCAACAUUAAAUAAACGGUAUAUAACUUAAAUGUUUUAUAUGAUACCACGUGUCCAUGCAUGUCUCAAGCACUUUAACAGAGGGAUUAUUGCAACGUCUUGCAUGUUCUACAAGAAAGCCUUCCAUGUCUCAUCCCAUUAAAAUGAUAUAAAAAAACAAACAAACCAACAAACAAAACGUCUCAUUAAAUGCUGCAUUUGCAACUAUAUAUUAUACAGUUUGCACAGAAAUGUUUGUCAAUGCAAUAUCCCCAGUAUGGCUUAUUUAUAUGAUAGAUCGAUCAAAUUAAACUACCAAUAUCAUUGACCAAUGAUUGUGUGAAAUAUGGCUGUGAUGGCGUGAAGCUGGAUAGAGGUGACACUACUACACUGCUUCAACACUACUACUUGGCCCCACAGCGUCAGCAGUUAGCCAUUCAUCAAUCACAUCAAACGGUAUUUUCUGUGAUACAUAUUUAUAGAUGACGAAAAGCAUUAUUGUUUGAAGGUCAUAAAUGAGCCAUAUGUGUGUUCUGAAAUUUAGAGUGAUCGUCCUUGGCUGUCCAACCUGUGCCUUGGGUCCGAUUCACUUGAAUCAUUUCUGUUCCGGUUUACUCACACCAUAACGCUGGCCUCCCUCAUAUAAGUGAAAUAUUCAUAGGUACGUCAUAAACAAUAUACAAAUAAAUAAACAGAACAUUUUCGCUCCGCAUUCGUCACAUGUAUAUUACAGCAGCAGCUACACAAGACAGAGUUACUCACUUGUGAAGGAAAAAUCGUGGCCUAUACCACAUCAAAUGUAUCAUAUCUGAUAAGUAUGUGUGAAUGUAAUGCUUAUACCUACAUAAAUGUGUCCAAGUGUGGUAGUCACGAAAAAAAACUCAUAGACCAAUGGAGUUUUGUAUAUUAAACUCAACCCAAAGGAAAUGAUUUUUUCUAUGACAAAUGACAUCAUUUGUGCGCCGCAUGUAGCACCUUUACGUGAAUCGCAUAUAUGGGUUAUGCUACAACGAGUAUGGUCGUCGUUUGUUAGCCUUAUGUUCAAGGCCAUGCAUAUGAUCAUCUUGUUUUCAUAUUUGCCUUAUAUCGUUAUGCAAUGCUGUACCGUUUUUCUAUUUGGUGUGAUAUAUUCAACUUCAUAUGAUGUGCAACUGAUGUUACAAGUGUUUUCGAGCAUUGGUUUUCUCCCAUAUGAGUAGUUGUGUUUUACUUUUGAUUUGCUGUAGACAACUAGAGAAAAAAAUUUACUACCAAGUCCCACACAGUGUGAUAUCCAGUGUGAUAAAAUGGCGUUGAAAUCGCCAUUUUUACUCUACCCAUUACAUAGGCUUUCAAUGUAAGAUUUCGUUUAUACCUAUGCCUUUGUAUAUUGCUAUGAAAAUUACCAAUUUGUUAUUUGUCUUUAUAUGUAUAUGUAUUUCGGUUCUUUCUUGUGCCAUAUUGUUGUCAUAUCAAUCAACAACAAAACAGGGCAAAAACGUCACAAAACAUGGAGAAAAGUUUGGAAUGAUGCAAACGUUUACCAUAUCAACUGAAAACUAAGCUGAGAAGAAAGGCUGAUGUCCAUAUCGCAAAGUGUCCAUGUAUACACUGAGGUCACGAGGAAAAGGAACACCGAGUACCACAUCGAGCCUUGAAAAAAUAGCUGGAGACUCUCCAUUGCGCAAUAUACGUACGUCAUUUGUGUUUCAUACAUUUGCGACUGGAAGGGGGUGAACAUAUGUGGGCACCAUGAACAGGUUCAUCGCUUAUAACCUACAAGAGGAGGGCAACGAAACACAAAUGUGUCUAAACCCUGUGUCAAUAAUGUUGUCCUCAUGAAACUGUGCCGUUUUGGGCAAGAAAAAAAAACACAAGAAAAUAAAAGGUAAAAUAAAGAAAUGAUUCAACUCGGGUCAGUGCGACUGUUUGGAAUUUCCCAUUUUCGACUUGGUUGCCAGAAAUAUGAUCAGAAUGAGUGUGACUAAGCCUAUUUUUUGUCAGGUAUUUUGUGUCUAUAGAUGCAAUAGACAUCUUACCGUGGGGUGACAUGAGUGUUGUAGAUCUUCGCUAGAGAGUUUGAUUUGGAAUAAAGGAAAAGUUACAAAAGAA